AUGAUAAGUAGAUCGAGGUUUAAGUAUGUCGCGCAUAUGCAUUCAUAUUACGCUGGUAGAGGGUCAUCUUUUCAAGCAAGAACCGCGAAUACUUCUUUCGACAUAGAUGUUGUAACGAACAGUUAUGGAAAGAAGGCGAGGCAUGAUACGGUAGUCAUCAGAAGUAAGAAAAUAAGUCCGGAAGUUUAUCGAAUGGUGCUUCCUCCACCUAAUAUUACUGGUAACCUCCAUAUCGGUCACGCUUUAACAGUAACUGUGGAAGAUGCUAUUUGUCGGUAUCGACGCCUGCGGGGACAACAAGUUACGUGGUAUCCUGGAUUCGAUCAUGCUGGAAUCGCUACACAAGUCGUUGUUGAAACUAUGCUUUGGAAUAAGAUGAAAUUACGAAGACAUGAAGUCACACAAAGUUAUUUUCUCGAACUCUGUCGAAAAUGGAAACAAGAGUACAAAAAUAUUGGUCGUACAUUUGUACGUUUCAGGCGUGUAAAUGAUAUCUCUAAGCAGUUGAAAGCUCUUGGUGCAACACUUGAUUGGCAUAAUGUUUAUUAUACAUUAGAUGAUAAGUUUUCUGAAGCAGUGAAAAUUGCGUUUUGUCAGUUGUACGAUAAAGGCAUUAUAUUCAAUGACUUAAGGAUGAUUAAUUGGUGCCCUACUCUACGAAGCUCGAUUUCUGAUCAAGAAGUAAAUAUUGUGGAUGUUGGAAAAAGUAAAUCUCUAGGUUGUGUUAUGUAUGGUUGUCAAAGGAAUUUGACCGAUGUUGGUAUUAUGCAUUUAAUACGUUAUGAACUUCUGAGUGGGGACAGUUUCUGUGGUAAUAAUUAUUUGGAAGUUGGAACCACGAGGCCAGAAACGCUGUUUGAUGAUAUUGCUUUGGCUGUAAAUCCAAAUGAUGAACGUUAUGCAAAGCAUAUUGGUUCUCACGUUAGGCAUCCGUUUUUUCCUAAUCGUUUAUUACCUGUUGUAGCUGAUCUGCUUGUUAAUAUUAAUAAAGGAACUGGUGUUUUAAAGGUAGCACCAACGCAUGGCUUGAUUGAUUUCCAAAUUGCGAAAAAACAUAAGGAUUUUAUUAAUGAUGAAGAUUUAAAUCGAUCUUGUAUUGAUGAAUCCGGUCGUCUUAUAAACACUUCAGACUUUGAUGGGAUUGAUCGAUUUGAGGCCAGAAGAAAGAUCAUAGACAAGCUUUCUGCAUGUAAUAAAUAUGGUGGAACUAUACCUUACCCUGAACAUCAACUAAAGAUUUGUAGUAGAACCGGAGACGUCAUUGAACCGAUGGUCAAAAAACAAUGGUUCAUGAACUGUGUAGAUAUGAAUAAUAGAGCCUUGGAAGCCAUUGAGAAUGGUGUGAUAACUAUUGCUCCAAAAUCGAUGCAAAUACAUCUAGAAAAUUGGUUAAGUAAAAAAGAGCCUUGGUGCUUGAGUAGACAGCUGGAUUGGGGACAACAAAUACCCGCCUUUCGCGUAGAUCCGAAUAGUGAAUGGAUAGUAGCUCUUGAUAAGGUUGAAGCGCAGCGUGCAUGUGGUCGAAGAAUAACAGAAAUAGAUUUGGAACAAGAAAAAGAUGUUUUGGACACAUGGUUUUGUUCAGCACUUAUUCCUAUCGUUCUCUCUGGUUGGCCAAAAAAAGAAAUAAAAUAUGUUCCGCUAACAAUGCUGGAAACAGGAUUUGACAUUGCUGGUUUUUGGGUGGCAAGAAUGAUUACAGUUUGUCACAGCCUAACAGGUUACUGGCCAUUUUCCCAAGUGCUACUGCAUGGUUUAGUGCGUGAUGAAAAUGGAAAAAAAAUGAGCAAAUCUAUUGGCAAUAUAAUUGAUCCAAUGGAUGUUAUUGAUGGUAUUUCUAUUCAGAAAAUGUUGGAGCGUUUGAAUGAAAGUAAUAUUUCUGAGGUCGAAAAAAAAACAGCAUCUAUCUCGUUGCAAUCUCGAUUUCCCAAAGGAAUUCGUCGGUGCGGUCCAGACGCCUUACGUUUUGCCUUACUUCGACAUGACGUUACAGCUACAGAUAUUAAUAUUGAUAUUGUGCAGACAGCUGAAGAAGGUUUGAGGUUCUGCAAUAAGCUAUGGAAUCUUUGUGCUUAUGCGAAGAAGUUGUGGGAGAGUUGUCGUGAAGAAGCUCUUGACGACUUAAGCGUUCAUCGAAUUGAAGAUCGCUGGAUUCAAAGUAGGCUGGAGAGUUCCUUGAUGGUGAUGACUAAAAAAAUGGAAUCAAAUUCUCUUCAUUUAGCUUUCAAUGCAUUACACAAAUUUUUCUGCAAUGAUUUGUGCGAUGUUUAUAUAGAAACUACAAAAAAAGCACUUUGGCGCAAGGAACAUUUGAGGUUGAAAGUUAUUGCUGAGAAUCUACAUGACAUUAUUGAAAAAUCACUUGUUCAUCUUUCGAUUUUUAUGCCAUUUAUAAGCGAAUAUCUUUUCGAUAAUAUAAAACGGAAUGAGGAGCAAAGCGUUUACAAUUAUUUAUCAGAAAGGCAUUUGAAGUUUUAUAAAAUUGAUAAGAAACUUGAAGAAGACAUGUCAUUCGUUCUAGAACUGAUUACAGCAGUACGAUCAAUACGAUCACAUUUUCAUAUUGCAGCGAAGAAUCCUUUGAAAGUGUCAUGCCAAACGGAAAGUUGCGAUUUAAAAAAUUUCGAGUCCAUGAUAUAUGAACUUUGUAAUGUGACUCUACGGAUGACAGAUCCGGAAAAAUGUAAUAAUCACUAUAUACCUUUUCCAUUACGCGGUUAUUCGACAGAAAUUAAUGUCUUUAUUGAGGAUACUUUUGGUUCACUGAUCAAGACAGAAUUAUUAAGGAGAUUGCAAAAGGCACAGAAAAGAAAAAAUCAGUUUUUGCAUCGUGUUGAAAAACAUCAAAAACUAGCUAAAAGUGUUGUUAAAAAUAAUUCAGUAGAAUGUCACGAGCGCAAGAUUUUUCAGGCAAAAGCGGUGGUGAAUGGUAUGGAAGAAGAAAUUUUAAAAUUAGAGAACUUAAUUAAGCAAAGUAUGGAUAUAAAAGGAAACUUCAAGGAUUUAUUGUUAGCAGUAGUGUGUGUUUUUCAUAUCACUAUAGCACCUUAUACAAAAGUUGAGGAAAGUUUCAAUGUUCAAGCAUAUGAUCAUCAUAAAUUUCCCGGAGUAGUACCACGUACUUUCACUGGUGCUUUGGCACUUAGUGCUCCACUACUUCCUGUUGUUCACAUUUUUGAGUAUUUUAAUAUCUCAAAAUAUUGGAUGCUCUAUGGAAUGAGAUUGGUGCUUGGUCUGUCUGUGUUAUUCGCGUUUAUUGAGUUUAUUAAACGAAUCGACAAGCAGUUUGGUCAAUUGUCAGGCGAUUUUCUGAGAUUGCUGACAGCAACACAGUUUCAUUUUAUGUUCUAUUGUUCCAGGCCUCUUCCAAAUAUCUUUGCUUUGUACGGUGGUAAGAUUUUCUGGACAUAUCAAAAAAUUCUUGAUCGCCAUUGGAUUUGUGCAGCAGGAAUUGCAACUGUUUUUACUUUGCUGUUUCGAUGUGAAUUAAUCUUAUUUUAUGCCUGUAUUUUCUUUUAUCCUAUAUUAACGAGAAAAUUUUCUUUAUUCUCUUGGAAUGGAGCAGUGGUAUAUUGUUGUUUCGUUGCAUUUUUAGCAUUAGGCAUAUCGAUACCAAUUGACUCUUAUUUGUGGCGACGAUGGUUGUGGCCAGAAGGAGAAGUUUGGUGGUUCAAUGUGAUAUUAAAUAGAAGUAAGGAGUAUGGGGUCUUACCUUUUUCCUGGUAUUUUUAUUCCGCUAUUCCAAGAGCGCUUUCGGUUUCAUGCGUUUUUGUACCUAUAGGAUUGAUUUCAGAUCGUCGUUUAGCACCUAUAGUAACACCUGUUUUGUUAUACGUUUUGCUUUAUUCUUUUCUUCCACAUAAGGAACUUCGAUUUAUCAUCUAUGCCAUCCCAAUUUUGAAUGUUUCAGUGGCCGUCUGUUAUGCUAGAAUAUGGAUCUCUCGUCGGAAAUCAUUGUUCAGAAUGUUAUUGGCUGUUGCAGUCUUAGUAAAUUUGCUUUUGAAUAUCAUUUGCACGGCAGCAUUUUUAUUUGCAAGUUCAAAAAAUUAUCCUGGUGCAGAAGCGCUCGUUUCUCUUCAGCAUAUGCAACGUUCUGAUCACAACAAACCGGUUUCGGUUUAUAUUGAUACUUAUGCAGCUCAAACAGGUGUUUGUCGAUUCCUACAGCUGUAUGAUACUUGGGAGUACAACAAAACUGAAAACUUAAAGUCAUCGCAAAUGGAACGUUUUGAUUUCUUAAUACUUGGUUCAUACACUGAAUCCGACAUUACCAAUUUCACUACUCUGCAAUUUCAUUCAACUCAUCAAAUCUUGCAUUCUGUCAAAGCAUUUCAAGGAAUUGAAUUACAGCGACUAUAUUUGUUGCCAUAUUAUUGGCCUGUUGUCAAGUUUAGAACUCAAUUAGUAGUUAUGGAAAAAAUCUUAAUUGUGACAGUUGUUCAUGUGGUUGUGUGAUU